CUGCACUUUAAUAAGCCGCUGUCCAACAGCAUCUUGGAGGUCGCCUGCCCAAUUUGGUAUGUCCUUUCCUGUUUCCGAUAUCAUUUCUGUAUAUACUCUAUGCCCUGUUUCUAAUGUGAUUUCGUGUGUCUUAAGCCUUGUUUCACUCUUCUGUGGUAUCCUGACUGUUGUUCCCAAGUACCUGUGCUGUUGUCAGAGCCCGUGCUCCCUGUUAGCAUGUGAAUUGGCCCAAGUAUUCCUGUUUCUAUCAGCGACCCACCCCCAGAAUAUCUAGCGGGUCGUCGGCAAGGUUACCCAAGACUGCCAGGCGGGAGCCGCCCGUUCCCAAGCCCGUCAUCGAUUGAACUGCGCGUACCACCCCAACAGGCACAGCUCUCCGGAUCUCAGCGCGUUAGAUCCGAACGUUGUCCGCAAGGAGCAAGAGGGGCUUUUGGAACCGGACAAAGCAUCAAACAGCAACCGAAAUAGAGAACCCCCCUAACUUCCCCCACUACCCGCACCGCAAGAUACCCCUCCCCCUUAAAAAUGUCGUCCUCGGUCCCUCUCCAGGUGGCCGAGACGGUGCAGACCGCUCACAUCAACCGCCACCCGUCGGCCAGCCAUGACCUCAACCCCUCGACUGCCGCUGACAAGCUCGAGCCCGUGACCCUACACGAAAAGCCCGAUGGCGGCGGCGAUGUGGACAGCCUAGACGACGAGGCCGAAGACGUGCGGGGCGAUGAUGAUGAUGAGGAGGAGGAGGAGGAGGACAUACCCUACGACGUCCUGAGGCCGCUGCCGCGCCGGCAAGCCCACCAGAUGCCCCCGCUUCCGGACCUGCGCUUCGAGCAGAGCUACCUCCGAAGCAUAGCAAAGGCCGACACGUGGUGGAAGGUGGCCUGGAUCACGGCCCGAGACCAGGUCAUGAUGCCCCUGGCGCAGGGCGUGCUGUACAACCUCGCGAUAGGCGGAUGGCAGUACUGGAACAAGAACGCGCAACUGCACGGCAGUUCGUCCGGGGCCAAGCUGAGGCGCUGGUGGUACGGCGUCAACAACUGGAUCAUCCCGCCAGAGAAGUCCAGGACCACCGCCGUCAGGCCGUCCUAUGCGCGGCAAUGGAGGUAGGCGCGUCUGUCCUGGGGACAGUCAGUAGCGCAGCGCAUCAAAUGAAACAAAUAUUAAGGCUUGUGUGCGCGGCA